AGUAUUUACAAGUAUUUACGCGAGACAGGCGUUGUAUUCGCAUCGCAUGAUCGCAUCACGUAGAUACCAACACGUACGGCGUACGGCUUCUAUUCGUACUACGGUGUAUACUCACGCACACAAGCUUACGUUACGAGUAUCCACUACCAUCCACUACACACUGGUUUCAUUCAUGUAAAGACUUCCAGAUCUCUCUUUCUAUCUUAUUCAUGCCAGCCGGUUCCGAACGCGUGCGAAUGCAAUGGCGCUCGUCACCCACGAAAUGGCGUUCGUUGAACCGAUUGGUCGCGCGACUUUCGAGUGGCGACGCGACGUACGCUAGCGGCAAGCGUGCAUGUCUUCAUUAUUGAUGCAAAACUUCCACGAUGGUAGACCAUAACCAGAAAUUAUUACAGGAGUUGCAAAAACGAAGUGGAAAUAACGUGUGCGCCGACUGUUUAAAUCCUGACCCAGACUGGGCUUCUUACAACCUUGGGAUAUUCAUAUGCAUGCGAUGUGCAAGCAUCCACCGUGGCAUGGGCGCUCAUAUCAGCAAAGUGAAACAUUUGAAGCUGGACAGAUGGGAAGACUCACAGGUACAGAGGAUGAAGGAAGUCGGGAACGUAACUGCUAGGAAUAAAUACGAGGAACGAGUUCCCCCUUGCUACAGAAGACCUAAUAGAAAUGACCCUCAAGUCCUCAUUGAACAAUGGAUCCGAGCCAAAUAUGAGCGCGAAGAAUUCUGUCAUCCCGAACGUCAGUCGUAUUUGUCGGGAAGCAUGCAGGGCUUCCUUAUGAAACGAGGCAAGGAGGACAGCAGAUACCAACUCAGAAAAUUCAUACUCAGUGAAACCGAAGAUACGCUCAAGUAUCACGUUAGAGAGGACAAGGAACCGAAGGGCGUUCUCAAAUUGUCAGAGUUGAAUGUUGCUUUCGCGCCACCAAAAAUCGGCCACAUGAACUCAAUGCAGUUGACAUUCAUGAAAGAUGGCACCACUAGGCACAUCUAUGUUUAUCACGAGGAGCCUGAAGUAAUAAGCAACUGGUAUACAGCGAUACGUUGUGCACAACUCCAUCUACUUCAAGUUGCGUUUCCGUCGACUCCGGAGUCGGAUCUCAUUCAUCGCCUACCAAGAGAUUUCGCACGUGAAGGCUGGCUAUGGAAGACCGGGCCCAGACCUACUGACGCUCAUAGAAGACGCUGGUUCACCCUCGACAACAGAAAACUCAUGUACCACGACGAGCCGCUUGAUGCUUAUCCCAAGGGCGAGAUUUUUGUCGGUAACGAAUCGAACGGCUACUGUAUUAGAGUUUCAAAUACGGGCAAUGGCUGCAAGGAGGCGAGGUUCCCUUUCCAGCUGGUGACUCCAGAAAGAACGUACUGCCUCGCUGCGACAACACACGAGGACCGCGACUGUUGGCUAGCAGUUCUGCAGCAGACGAUCAAAAGAAGUCUCACGCCUCAGGAUUCUACCAUUGAAGCUGUCCUUGUGAGGAAACGCAACACAUCGAACCCGAUCAACAUUUUCUCGGGAAGGUAGUCGGUCGCAUUCGGCGUAAUUACUAAUAACGAAAAAUACAACACUGAGACUUCUUCAUACAAAUCAUCAUCGGCUGCGCUAGGUAAUUAUUAUAUUGACUACCGCUUUAAGAUAACGGUUUUAAUAUAAUAAUAAAUAAUUGUGUCCUACAUGUGGUGCGAUGUGAUGCUAUAUUUUUUUUUUUACUUUUGUUAUAUUAUUGCUUUUUUUAUUUGUGUACGAAAUGGAACAUUUGAGGCAUUGAAUGCUCCAAAAUUAUUAUUAGUCUUUCCUUCUUGUGGGAUUGGUUUAGAAACAUCACGCUUAAGACGAGUACACUUCACUACGUACAAGUACAACCCGAUACUCGAACGAGAAUUAAACCUAGAGUUGUAAUACACAAGGUUCAUACGUGUAAGAUAAAUAUCACCCCUAAAUCAAUAUUUAAAGAGCAUUAUAAUACACUCGAAAAUUUCAUAAAAUUUUCUUAAAUUUUUAUUAAAACAAAAAGAAAAAUACGAUUCAAUUUUUAAUUGUAGAUAAAAAAAUAUAUAAGAAACGAAAAAAGUCUUCGAGGCUUAACGUGAAAAUAGAUUUUGAAAGAAACAGAGAAAAUUGUCAAUUUUACCUCUCCAUUAUAUUUUCCAGACAAGCUCAAAGCUAAAUUAAUGCUAAGCAGUCACCAUAUUUUGUAAAUAUCACAUUGCUAGAUAGGCCAGUUACACUAAGAUAUUAUAAAAAAAAUGUGACCCGGAAGAAGAGACUAGGUUGAAAAUAAGCUUUUCCUCUUAUCCGUUUUGUUUUAUGCUGCAGUAUAGACGUUUUGAUGUAAUCUCUUCGAGCCGUUUAACAUUUUGCGUUUUUUGAAGAUUUUAAAAGCUCAGCUUUAAAAGCUUUUGGUGGUCAAUGAUAAAAAUUCGGCCAUAAUCAUUACUAACACCUCAACAUGAUAACAUUUACGCUCGUCAACGGCUGCUUAAAAAAACAAAAACGAAUAACACGAAUAACAAACAGGAGAAAAGAAAAACUUAAAUGGUUUAAAAAACUUAUCACUCAAGCUCGUGAAUAAUUGCUAAACAAUAAAAAAGAGUAGAAAAGCGGUCUCGUCGACAAUGAAGAAAGCUGUACUUAAUUUUGUCUUUGUCUAUUUAUUAAAUGAUUUUAGAUUUAAACAUUUUAUAAAUAUAUACUAAAUCAUCAUCACAUACUACGAAUAUCACAUCAAUGGUAAUCUUACAACAUUUUAAAUUUUAAAAUAAUAAUAUGAUUUAUUGCAUCGCAUCGCUGCGUUCGUGUAGGGCUAUUAUUAGUUUUAAUUAAUGAAUUGUACAAAUAAAUGCCGUCAGCAUUGCAAGCAAUUUUAAUGUCAAUCGUGUUUUAUUUGAAUCGUUUAAGCGUAUUUAAUUUUAAUUUAUUUUUUGACAUAAUGAAGGGACUGAUCAUUUAUUAUAUUAUAGGCGUAUUCAAUUAAUUUUACUACAUUUGUUUAAAGUUCGAUUUUCGUUGGUGGUUCUUAAGUGUUGUUACGCACAAUUAUACAGUAAUUACCUAUUUCGAUAUACAUUACCAGAUUAUUCUCUUUGAAUAUUGAAAACUGAACUCUAAAUCAAUAAGAGUUAGGAAUUAAUAUUCAACCGUGCUCCGUGUUAUUAGUUACAACAUUCUGAAGUCCUAACGCAUGUUUUUUUUUACAUCAUUGAAUAUCUGUAUACGUAAUAUCCAUUUUAAUAUUUGUAAAUGCAAUUUUUAUUCACAAUAAUGCUCUCUUAGUCAUAGGAAAAGACAAUGUACAGGGAAAAUUGUUUAUUAGUAUAUUUAUACUAUGAUUGGUUCUAUGUAAAAUGACUGAAAAUAUCACAUUUAAUUAUGUGCAAUGUCGUUUUUUACUUCUCUUUACAUUGAUCAGAUCACGAUGAUAAAAAUAAAAUUUUAUUAAACGAUAAUUAGUUACCGAGUAAUCAUCACAUUUUUAUUUUAUUUUUAUUUUGAUGCCAAUUUAAAUUUGGCGAUUGGUUUGCUUAUAAAGCAUGAAUUUGAAACAUUAUACGAAAACACGAUAUAACCUUGUAGGUAUAGAGCAUUUUUUUUUAUUAAUUUAAAUAUAAUGUUUCUACAUCUAUCAGCAUGAGCCUUAUGCUUUUUAAAUUUGACUAAUAAUACUAAAAUAGGCAAUUGAUCAUUUAAAAAUUUAUAUUUAAAUAUUUUUUUUGGUUGCUUUUUAUAAUAGCACCCUUAUUGAAGUUUUAUUACGAAUAUUAAUGAUAAGCAAUGAGUCGAGUUUGAAAACCGUUUGUGAUGUAUUAAGAAUCACAUUUAUUAUUAAUUAUUCAUUAAUAAAACGUUAGAUUGUAUAAGAAAUAGGAAAACUGCACAAUAAUUGAGAUUUACAAAAAUUGGAGAGCCUUUGUGUUGGGUAUUUAUUAUUAAUGGUAAGGCUUUGAUGUUUUUUUUUUAAUUAUUCAUUUAUGUGACCUGUUUUAUUUAAAUACACAAUAUUUUAUAGGCAAGACAAUUAAGUAUAUGAAAGCAAGGAUAUGCGGAACCAAAAAGGUUGUAAAGUUUUUUUUAUUUAAAGGUUGGUAUGAAUAAUUCACACACAUUUAUGCAUUUUACUUUUUUUUAUCAUAGCCAAGUAUCAGUUAGGUAUCUAAGCAAUGUACUAGAAACAUUUACAAUGAACUUUAGUGGAAUAAAAAUAAUAUGAUUUUAGGAUAGUGAUAGAGCAAAUUCAAAGCUAGGAACCUACCAAAAAAAAUGAUAUUUUGGUAGAAUUAGAAAAUUAUUAUUUGUUUCAAAAAAAGUUGCGAAAUGUAAACCCUUUCAAAUUCCUAUUUACUUUUACACUUUUAUCACCAUCCCGGAUAUUUUGAACAGUAUUAUUAUGACUGUCCACAAAAAAACUUGACACGUAACACAGAACAGAUAAAAAACUAUUCUAGUUUAAUUUAAUUUUUAUUACGUAUGCGAGAAAAAGCUCACGACCCACCUGAUAUUAAACGACUACCGAAGAAAUGAGUUCGAAGUCUAUAUGGCUAUUCUUAAUUUCAAAAGUGGAACGCAAGAUAGAAAUGGGUUGGGCGGUGAUACUUACCUUGGUACCUACAUGAUACUUACUAGCAGUAAUGGCAGAGAGAGAGAGAAUACACUAUUGCACACCAAAACAUAAUUUACAUUCAAAAAACAAUCAAAAAAGCAGAUACAUAUACAAUGAAUGAAGAACUAGUGAUGUAAGCUACCUUUUUCUGGCCAAAUAGUAGCGCUUUCAUUGCUAUAGAUAAGAAGAAAUUCCCUAGUGUUGGGAGAUGUGCUGUUUGAGUUGUCGCUGUACUCACAACACCGUCGUUUGUGACAAAGGGCUCGGCGAGUAAAUUAACCCACAGACACAGCCCACUGAGUUUCUCGCCGGAUCUUCUCAGUGGUUCGCGUUUCCGAUCCGGUGGUAGAUUCUGCGCAACACCGCUCUUACUAGGGUUAGUGUUAGCAAUGUCGUCAGGUUUGAGCCCCGUGAGCUCAACUACUUGUUAGGUUACGCUGACAUAGUCUCUUAAGGCUAUCAGCUUAGGUAGGAAAAAAGCUACCCCACUUUAAACUUAUUGCUAAUGAAAUCAAAACUAGUCUUGUCUCAGCUACUUUCAGGACUUUUUUACUAAAACCAAUCCUAAGACCUGGUUAUUAUGACAGCAGUACAUGUUACGUUGAGGAUUACAAACGUGUGGAAUAAUUUACUGCGGAGUCUCUUUAGGGUUGGACAAUGCUUGCUUAGCUGGCUAGAUCACAACUUACGCCAAUGUCGGCCAAAACAAAAUUAAAAUAAAAUUAAAGAAUGCUGUCUCCGCCAAUAUUUAUGGCUUGGAACUAGGCUUCGCCCUACGGAACAAUGUCAGUUUUUGGCGACAUAUUAUUCCAACAUAUACUCGGAUCUACAUUACGAAUUGGGAUCGCAUAUAGGAAUUAGGAUAUAAUGAUAAUAUAUCACAUUGGGCGGCAUUUGUUUCAUUCGAACAAGACCAACAUUUGUGAACUCAUAUCAAUUGCCCGACUAUUGCGUUGAUGUUUGUUUGGCCAAUGUUGGUAUUUGUUCUGUGUGCUUAGUGCGAGUUUGUUCUCGAUAUCGUAAAAGUUAACUCGAAUUUGUAUGCAGUUGGAACAGCGUCCCUAGCUAGGGGCAAACGUAGGCAAAAGUUCCACUCCAUACAAAUUUGACUUAACUUUUACGCUAGUAUCGAGAACCUUAAAAAACUCGCACUAAGCACAUUGAAUGAAUCAGGCCUAUUAUUACUAAUACGAGAUUUGUCUCUCAUUAAAUUUAUAAUCACUGCUUAUGAUUACUUAAAAAUCUGUAACUUGCGCCAAAACUAUUAAGAAUUGACAUUUGAAUUGAUUGUUACAUCACAACGUUAUUUGAAUUAGUAAUAUCUCUAGACAGAGAUAGAAAAUUAGCCAACAGUUUGAAAACGAAUAAUUUUGGAAUAAAGCUACGAAUGAUGGGUUUACAUUUUGUAGCUUCGAUGGAAAAAUAUGAAACUCAAAUGUAUACUGAUAUGUAUCGGAUUUUAUAACUACAGGUUUAAAGCAAUAUGCUUAAUGUUUAAAUUUAUGAAUAUGAUUCAUCGAGGAGUGUAGUGUGUGUGUGUUAUAUUAUUCGUUGUAAAAAUUGGCAUAGUAUUGGAUUUGGCUGUUCAGAACAACGCAUUCUAACAAAACGUAAUUACUGUAUGAUAUGAUUCAUUAAAUUGUUUUUCAAAUUGUUGCUGCUAUAUACAAAAUGACAUUGGUUGGUUUGAUUUAUUUUAAGUGCAAUUAAACUUAUGCUAUUUUUUUAAAUAACUAUAGAAUAAUACUGCUCUACAACUAAAUUUUACGUUGAGUUUUAAUGUGAUCUUUUAUCUUACUGUAAUGAUCGAAUAAUGAUGAUAAUGACAAAAUAAUGUUUCGUUUUGAACAGCCAUCAUUAGAAAAAUCGACAAAACGGAAAUUGUCUUGUAUCAUAUUAUUAUAUCAUAAUUAUUAUUUAAGGAAAAAAUGAGUGAACAUUAUCAAAUUAGCGUUAAUUAAAUAUAAGAAUUAAUCGAAAGUAAUAAGCCACAAGCAAUUUUGAUGUUUCCUAGAUAGUGUACAAUUAAUUUUUUUUAAUAUUUUGUAAAUUUAGUAACCUAAGUAAUAUGAUAGUUUGAUGAUUAACCGAUUUCGUAUGCUGUGUGAAUAUCGAAGUAAUCGAUAAAGAUUUAAAAAAUCUUAAGUUAUUUCAGAUUAGAUGUAAGGGUAUUUAGAAUAAUAAUUAUCAAUAACAAAUUUUACCAAAACAUGCCUCGCUUAAGUUUACUAUUGAUUUGUUGUAUACUUAUAUAAUUAGUGUUACGCUUUAUUUUAUAGUGUGUUCUUGCAUAAUAAACAAUUGAAUUUAACAUAUGAAUAAACUUUUCACCAACUGGA